CGAGUAAGAUUAUCGAAAAGAUGCAAAAUGAGAUCGCGAUGAGUAGUGCGGAAAACAUUGGCCGACGUAAAGUGGUAGUGCUUUCGAAACCAAUCGGUCCUCAUAAGAUGGAAGCAGCAAUACUAGCGUGUUUUGGCACAAAGGAUGGUGUUGGACUUGAUAACAAUGGCAGCGUAUCAUCACCACCACAAAUGUUGCAUUCUGCGCCGUACGACGAAAUUCAACAUUAUCAUGAUAACGCUUCGUCUGAGGACACGUCAUCUCCUCUCGAAACCCCCAUACUUGAACGAACUGACCCAUUUGAUAAUGUUUCCUCAUACUCGCAUUUUCGAACCAUACCACUGUUUCGUUCUACCACCAUGCCAAAUAUUCCACCAUCAACAUCACCACCACCUUUCGCCGAAAAAUUUCUAGCCAUACCAAAUCCACGACAACAAAGUUCACCAGGUUUGUCGACAUCCGUGCCCGAGAUGAAUGGUUUCCCGGUACCUUCUAUACCACAAAGAAUCGAUCCUCGUGGACCACGAAUACUCGUGGUUGAAGAUAACGCAGUAAACAGGAUGAUCAUAUCUAAUUUCCUAAAAAAACGCGGAAUUUACUUUGAAGAAGCCGAGAAUGGAGCAAUCGGCGUGGAGAAAUAUCGGAAAGCCUUGGAAAGAGAAGAAAUUGAUAUUGAUCUGAAAAAAGGAUUUGAUAUUAUAUUUAUGGAUAUCCAGAUGCCAGUGAUGAACGGAAAUGUAGCAACAUCUGAAAUUCGUCGGAUAGAAAAGGAAUACAACGAACGAAAGGGAAAAUUAAAAAAGAAAACGAUCACCGAAGCGAUAAGAGAAUUCAAAGUAAUUCCCGCCACCACGACAUUUUUAUUGAACUCGUUGUCUUCCGCAGGAUUUCCGUCAUCAUUAUUAAAUGGCGAGUCUGUCAACACUGAAGACAAUACCACCGAUCCUUCGACGUCAACGCAAAAUCGAUCCUUAAUAUUUGCACUGACUGGUUUGGCUAGUGAUGAGGAUAAAUAUGUUGCAUUUGAAAGUGGGGUUGACGGAUUCUUGACCAAGCCUGUUAGUCUAAAGACGUUGGAUAAAGUGAUCAAGAGAUGGCAUGAGCUUGAAGAAUUCGCUACGCAAAUUCCCGCUGAUACAAUAUCAUCUUCAAUGGAUACAUUAAACAAAGAUAGAAUAGAGAAUGAGCAGGAAACGAAAGAUGGUAAAAAAGAAGCACAAGAACAGGAGGAGUUCAGAAAGAAAGGCAUAGUAAGUAUGUGCAACUGUUAG